CUCUGUGGUUACGAAGUUGGGGGCAGAGAAGCCGAGAGUGGCUGGGAGAUGAUGGCUGAUGAAGAGGAAGAAGUCAAGCAGAUCUUGCAGAAAUUGCAGGAACUGGUGGAUCAGCUCUAUUCAUUUCGAGACUGCUAUUUCGAGACACAUAGUGUUGAGGAUGCUGGGAGGAAGCAACAGGAUGUACGGGAGGAGAUGGAGAAGACUCUGCGACUGAUGGAGGAAGUAGCAGGUUCUGUCCAGGGCAAGGCCCGGGUUCUGAUGCUCACUGGGAAGGCACUGAAUGUGACUCCUGACUAUAGCCUUAGGGCUGAGGAGCUUCUGUCAAAGGCUGUAAAGCUGGAACCUGAGCUGGUGGAAGCCUGGAACCAGCUGGGUGAGGUGUACUGGAAGAAAGGGGAUGUUGCAGCUGCCCAUACCUGCUUCUCAGGAGCCCUCACCCAUUGCAAGAACAAAGUCUCCCUGCAAAACCUGUCAAUGGUGCUUCGCCAGCUGCGGACUGACACUGGAGAUGAACAUUCUCGCUAUGUCAUGGAUAGUGUCCGACAGGCCAAGUUGGCUGUGCAGAUGGAUGUCCAUGAUGGCCGCUCCUGGUAUAUCCUGGGGAAUGCAUACCUUUCUCUUUACUUCAAUACUGGCCAGAGCCCUAAGAUCUCCCAGCAAGCCCUCAGUGCUUAUGCCCAAGCAGAGAAGGUCGACAGGACAGCUUCCAGCAAUCCUGACCUUCAUCUGAACAGGGCGACGUUGCAUAAAUAUGAAGAGAGUUACAGAGAGGCCCUGGAGGGCUUCUCUCGGGCUGCAGCACUGGACCCUGCCUGGCCUGAGCCCCUGCAACGAGAGCAACAGCUCCUGGAAUUCCUGGAUAGAUUAACCAGCCUCCUUGAGAGCAAGGGAAAGGUAAAGACCAAAAAGUUGCAGAGCAUGCUGGGAAGCUUGCGCCCAGCUCAUCUAGGCCCUUGUGGUGAUGGGCGCUAUCAGUCAGCCUCUGGGCAGAAGGUGACCCUGGAGCUCAAGCCAUUGAGUGUGCUUCAACCUGGUGUGAAUAGUGGUGCUGUGGUCCUGGGAAAGGUGGUGUUUAGCCUAACCACAGAGGAGAAGGUCCCCUUUACGUUUGGCCUGGUAGAUUCAGAUGGACCUUGCUAUGCAGUAAUGGUGUAUAACAUGGUGCAGAGCUGGGGAGUGCUCAUUGGGGACUCUGUGGCCAUACCUGAGCCCAACCUUCGACUCCACCGCAUUCAGCACAAGGGAAAGGACUAUUCCUUUCCCAGUGUUCGUGUGGAGACGCCCCUCCUGCUGGUGGUGAAUGGGAAGCCUCAGGGCUCCAGCAGCCAGGCUGCUGCCACAGUAGCAUCGCGGCCACAGUGUGAAUGACCUUCCAUGACUCAGGAGCUAUAGAGGGAGUGGAGGCGAGGAGAUAAGCUCAAAGGACUUGUCGGCUGGACCAGCCACAUCCAGUGACUCAUCCGGGGUGGGGUUAGGGAUGUUUUAAAUGAAGACUUUCCCUUCCUCUGCCAUUAAGACACACCAUGUCCCUUCUGUCUCUCUUUCUGUCAUCAUGUUUGAGCUCCUUCCAGGGCUGCACACUCCCCUGUUGUGUCUCUCCUGCCUCUUUCACUGCUCUCUCUGUUCUAGGCAAGGAGCAUUGAGUUGGUAGAAGUGUUGGGAUCUUGCUAUGGGACAGAGUCCCCAAGGUUCUUGUUCUCACUUCCUUUCUGAGCCUCAUGUGUAUAUAUCAGUUCAGUAUUUAUUGCCAAGGGAGGGGAUUUAAUUUUUUAAUGGCUUGGUUUUUGAGCAAUUUUUAUUUUUAUUAUUUUUUUUGUAAAUUUAGGUCCUUCCCCUCUUUGGGGCUGGAACAGAAUUAAAUGCAUUUGGAAAAAAAAAGCAAAUCCUGUAGUUGGCCUGCUUCAUUGUCUCCAGGCUUGGAUUCUUGGUUUCAGGAUUACUUAACUCUAUUAGAGUAAUACCUUCUUUUUUCUUUAUACAAAGUAGUUUAUUUCUCUUUCGGUUAAAAGAAUUCUGGCAAUAGUCAGCCCAGGGUAGAAAUAGCAGCUCCACAAAGUCGCUGGGGACUAGCUUCCUUCCAUUUCUCCAUCUAUCAUCUCUAAGGGUGGUCUGGCCCUCAUCAUGGUCCAAGAUGACAGAGCAGUACUAUUUUAAUAGCGUUACUAUGCUGAAAGACCAGAGAGAGCUAGGCAUUCAGUUUCUUUAGAUCCUAGUGAUAUGUUUGACAAUAGUUUCUGUUAAUAUCCUUCAGGAAAUAUGAGGGAGGAUUAAUAAACUAUUGAAUGACUAUAACCAGAAAGUGCAGUAAUGGUGGAUUAAUUUAGAAGACUUCUAAUGAUACAGCUUAGGUCUUUGUCCUUGGUUCGGUCUUGUUCAACAGUUUAUCAGUGACUUCAAUGCCAUUGAUAACUGAUGAAAUAUUUAAAGUACAUAAAACUCAGAGGACUCCUCAGAGGAUGGAUGAUAGAAUAAGGGUCUGUGUAUCUAGAGAAGCUAUAAGGGCUGGGUCUAACAAGAUAACAUUUAAAAAAAAAUUUAUUUUAUCUUAAAUGAAGGUUUACAGAACAAACUAGCUUCUUACUAAACAGUACACAUACUGUUUUAUAACAUUGGUUAAUAACCCCAUGACAUAGCAACACUCUCCCUUCUAGACCUUGGGUUCUCUAUUACCAGCUUUCCUGUUCCCUCCUGCCUUCUAGUCCUUGCCCCUGGGCUGGUGUACCCGUUUAGUCUUGUUUUGUUUUAUGACCCUAACAAGAUAAAAUGUUGAAGUCCAUUCUUUUGGCCCAGAAAGCUAACUUUCUGUAUUUCAGUGUCAUGUAUGAAAUGUGCUAGGAAUCUUAGUAGAUCAAGAUAAGGUCAGUAUGAGUAACCGGUAUGAUACAGUUGCAAAAACACUCUUUUUAGGCUGCAUCAAUGAAUCUGGUAGCCAGAGAGAGAGGUUUUACUGCAGUGUCUGUCAGACCAUAUGUGGACCCUUGCAUUCAGUUUUGGGUGUCAGAUUUUAAGACCCAUACUCAUAGAAGAGUGAUAGGGGAUUGAAGGGGCAUAAAAACAUCUUGUGGCUGCAAGCACCUGUAGAGGAUGGGGGUGUGUGAGUGUUAGAGAUAAUGGGGAAACAAGAGACCCAGUAACUCUUCCCUUUUUGUUCAGGUUCUGAGAGGAUUUGACAUACUUUGUGCAGGGACAGAGAGUAGAAAAAUGACCAGUGGGUAGAAACUAGAGAGAAGCAGAACUUAAACGCUUUAUGAUGAAAUAUGUAUGUACAAUCAAGUAUGUAAAAUAUGUAUAUAUGAUUUAAAGAAUAAUCACAAGACCCAUGAAAUGUCUGUUUGACUUAAAACCUAGCACAUCACCAGCACUUCAGAAGCCCUUGUGUGCCUUUCCGUGAUCUCGUUUUCACAGCCAUAUAUCAUUGUAUGAUUAUGCCACAGUUUAUUUAUCCUACUGAUAAAGGGUAUUUGGGUUGUUUUCAGUUUUUUUUUUUCACUAUCAAGUAACCAAAAA